GAUUCUACUUUUAGAAGGAACGCAUCUCGAGGAACGCAAACAAAAAAUGCAUCGCUACAGUGGCUGUGUGUGAGACAGUGGGUGAAGUAAGUGGAUGAAAGGGAGUAACUAAUUGUUCGCCUUUUCGCGUGUACGUGUGUGCUGCAUUUCGAUCACAUUCCUGUGCGUUUCACUCCACCGAGAAGGCGUUGUGCGAGAUCGCGGCGAUCGGAAGGGAGGCUGCCAAACACCUGCUGGAAUGCACCAAGAGCGCAAAAAUCAACGCAGUGACUUAACGAUACAUAUUACCUCAGCUGCUGCCAUUUUGCAGCUACAUCGUGAUUAGAGGCGCUUGUGAGUGUGUGUGUGUGUGUGUGGUGGUGUGCGCCAGCUUGUAAGAGAGUGAAAGUGAGUGAUAAAAAUAUGAAGCUAGGCGGCGGAUAUUAAGAAAACGUCCGUGGAAUCUGUUCCGUCGUUCCUUAAACCGCCCGGCCCGCCUCAAUCCAGCCGCUCUUCUACGGGGUUUUUUGGGGCGUGCGUUAAUGAAUAAAUGAUGAGCGACAUCCGGUCGCAGGAUUCAUCAUCAUCACCUGCCAGCUAGCCCGCUGUACCACACCCAUCGAUUGCUCAUCUCGCAGCGUAGCAAGCAAGCGACGAACGCCGCCAAAAUGGUUGCAGGCAUCUCUCGAGCCUUGGCGAAGAUUCAAACCCCGGUCGGUCGCGUGUGUUUGGGCAGGCUUCGAGCUCAGUAAGCAUCAAGAGUGAGUGACGAAAAUGCGAAUUGUGUCCCGAAGGUGUGUCCCUGCUGCUCCCUUACCCAGCGUGCCAGCAUGUCCUGAAGCCGUUUCGCCUGCCCAUGGUUGAAAGGGGAGCGUCUCUGUAGCUGGUGUGACGCCUUUUCCGCGGAAAAAAAAUCACACCGUGGUGCUUGAUUUUAAGAAGCCUCGCUACUAGUGUGAGUGUUUUGUGAGUAGUUCUUGUAUGUAUUGUUGUAGCUGACAUUUCAGAAGUGAAUUCCGGUCCGCCGAUUGAAGGGGAAAGUGCAGUGUAGUGGUGUGGUGUGUAGUGGGCGAAAAGGUCCUUCCGUAUCCAUCCGGCUUGCUUGCCGCGGGUGCAUGUGGUUCACCGGGUACUGCUGUGGCGUGAAAGGAGCACGCACAGCAGCAGUAGGUCGCAACCACAGCCACGACCACAACAAAGACGACGGCGAAGACUACCACCAGACCGUUAUGGGCUGCACACCGAGCAUCCUUUCGAACGGAAGCAACAAUCAGCAGCAGCAGCAGCAGCAGCAGUCGCGGAAGGAUAGUGGCCUGUACGUCGGCAACGUCACGUCCAGUGGCAAUGGUAGCAACGACACGAGCAGCGCAGCUGCUGCCGCCGCCGGCAACAACAACAAGCUGAGCAACAGCAGCCCGGUCAACCCGACGAUGGUCAAUGCGCCCUACCCGGGCGCGGCCUCGAAGGACGGUGGUACGGAAAAGGAAAGUGCGAAAAAAGAUUCGAUCGUUUCGAUAUCCGCCACGGGGCACAUUACAAGCUUUCCUGUCGUUUCCACCACCGUGCGAAGACCGACCGCUGGAAGUAAGUUGCGCAAUCUUAUCUCGUUUUGCAGUAAGUUUCACCAAUACUCAUCGGCAAGAUUGUGCUGUGGAACCUCCAGCAGCUCAGGCCGGUACGGCCAUCGGAAGUCGUCGCUGGCGUUAACACCAGAAGAGGAACCUCUCGACUCGUGCCCGAGACUAGUGUCGGAUCUGAAGUUUCCCAACCUGCUACCACCGAAUCCUGUGAUUAAGAUUUUGAUUGCCUUCUGCAAGAAUGAUCCCGUGUUCGAAGCGCUGGUCAAUGCCAGCCAUCGGCUCAGCCUGGAGCCAACGUUCGUCAAGUCGGCUGAAAGCGCCAUCGAUGCGUUCCAAAAUCCGAGCUCGGGCGGCCAUCACAUCAUCAUCGUCGAUGCGCGAUACCCGCGCACGAUCGAGGCGGAAGCGCUCGGCAGGUCAAUUCGAAAUUCGAAGGGUAGCCAGCAUACAACAAUGGUUGCGGUAGUGAAAAAGAGUGUAUUUGAAAAGGAUGAUACGGCUGUGAUUUCUCUAUUGGAUGUUGGCUAUAACAGGUGCAUUAUCGAGUCUCCGCAUGUAUCGAUUUGUUCGUCGGAGCUGCGGCAAAUCCAGCACUCGCUCGUCCGACCGCAGAAUGUGAUAUCGACUCAACAGGCACUGUACACGGCGCUCCAUCGAUCGAGAGAAGCGGUCAUCAUUACCGACGACACGCUUCGGGCACAGUAUGCGAACCGGGCCAGCGAACGUGUGCUGAAUAUGAAGCUGGAUGAAAUCGUUGGCAGAUCUCUGAGCGACUUGGUAACGGCCGAUAUUAGUAAUAUUUUAUCUCAUACCAGUAGAUAUAAGGACUACGACGGUUACCUUACCACGCGGAGAAAGUCCCAAGAAUCAUCACAAAUCCAUGUUCGUGCCGUACCUGUCUCGUGCAUCGGAAGGAAUCCCACACACUUAGUCUUAAUCCUAGAAUCAUCAUCCAGCGCGCUCGUGUCCACGAACGCGAUCGGCGAGGCGCUGCAGACGCUGCCCCAGGGCAAGGAGGUGCCGCGCGGCUCGCUCCACUCGAUCCGGCGCGGCAGCUUCGACGUGCGGUCGAUCGCGUCGGACGGGCUGCGGCGGACGAGCCUGGCGAAGCUGUCCUCGCUGCCGCUCGAGGCGCCGAUCACCAAAGUGCUGAGCCUGCUGGCCCAGGUUCAGGAAAACUGUUCGCUCGACGAGGCCAAGCUGCUGGACCGCGUGAUGGAGUUCCUCAAGCGCGAGGGCCUGUACAGCCCCCAGAUGAAGGAAAUACGCACCGAGGACCCGGUCGCUACCGAUCUGAUUGGGGCCCUGCUUACGCAAGGACCAACGAACAUCCUGUCGUCCAGGCGCAGCUCGAACGAUUCCAUCAUACGCGGCGGCGGCCGCCCAUCUACAGGGAGCAUCGUUUUCAACAAAACCAAAGAAUCUUCACAACUGUCCGACCUGCUGCAGACGGCCCUGGACUGGGACUUUGAAAUAUUUAAGCUAGAGGAUCUUACCGAGAAACGUCCAUUAGUGUGUUUAGGAUUAGAACUGUUCCGGCGGUUUGAUGUGUACAAUACGUUCAACUGUGACGAGAUGACGUUCAAGCUGUGGCUCAUCGAGAUGGAGAAGCACUACCACAGCGAGAAUACAUAUCACAACAGCACGCAUGCCGCAGACGUGAUGCAGGCCACCGCAGUUUACCUGCAACAGCUGAGCAACCGGGAGCUGAAGAUUAUGGACCGAAUGGACGAAGCGACCGCCCUGAUUGCCGCCGCAACCCAUGACAUAGACCAUCCGGGCCGUUCGUCCGCCUUCCUGUGCAAUUCGGACAACACGCUGGCCCUGCUGUACAACGACAUCUGCGUGCUGGAGUCACACCACGCGGCAACCACCUUCCGGUUGACCUUAGGUGACGAUAAGAUCAACAUCUUCAAGCAUCUGGACCGGGACAUGUACAAGCUGGCCCGCUCGAUCAUCGUCGACAUGAUACUGGCCACCGAGAUGACGCGACACUUUGAGCAUCUGGCCAAGUUUGUCAGCGUGUUCGGCACGGACGUGGAGUCGAAGGAUCCGCUGCCGCCGGACAACGACGACAACCAGAUACUGGUCCGGCGCAUGCUGAUCAAGUGUGCGGACGUGAGCAAUCCGACCCGCCCGCUCAAGUUCUGCGUCGAGUGGGCCCGCCGCAUCGCGGAGGAGUACUUCAUGCAGACGGACGAGGAGAAGCGCAAGAAUCUGCCGAUCGUGAUGCCAAUGUUUGACCGCACGACCUGCAGCAUCUCCAAGAGCCAGAUCGGUUUCAUCGAGUACAUCAUCCACGACAUGAUGGACGCAUGGAACAGUUUUAUCGAAAUGCCCGAAAUCAUACGCUACAUGGAGUUCAACUAUUCCCAGUGGAAGCUGUUCGAGGAGCAGGGCAUCAACACGCUCAGCGACAUCAAGCGGAAGCAGAUGUCGCUCACCGAGGACACGGCGAGCUCGAUCUCCCUGGAGGAGAAGUUCUAGUAAGCCGGAGAGGCCCUGGGAUGCGGCAUCGUGCAACUUGCUGUGCUUGUUGCUGUGUGGUUGCACGUUUUGGUGUCCGGGCAGUCCGGGCAAACCCAAACCCAAAACCCCAAACAAAAACCCCGCUCGAAGCGAGAUGGUCCCGAAUGACGCCGACGCCCCGGCCGUAAUGUAAUUAUGGAUUAAUCCAAACGCCAAAGGCCCAACAGUGGAGUCCGCUCGACGAGCCACAAUGCGCGAACCCCAGGGUGGGGUGGAUCUUUCUUCCAUGAUUGUAGCAGUAUUGUUUUCAUACCAUCGCCAUUUAGCCCAAACACAUCCCAGCCCAGUACCGCUUCACACUUGGGUUACCACGUCUCUCACAUGGGUGUGUUAGUUGCAAAAGAAAAGAAAAAACACACACACACCACUGGGGAGCGAAAUAGAAACAAAAAACCAAGAGCGAGAGAGAUUCAUUGGUAGCACCGUGCGAGGAAUUGUUGUUCAUCGUAAUAGCACCACCACCACCACUACCACUACCAUCGCCUACUCUAAUGUAUAUCCACGUACAAUCCACAUACACACAUACAUUAAAAAAACACACAAAAAUACACUCGUUUUCUGAGUUUAUCUAGUUUUUUGGGGGGAUUAUUAACACCGCUCUAGCGUAAGAGAAUUGUCCCUUUUUGUUUGUACAUUUGCCACUAAGAUCUACUAACCUAGCGUGUGUUUUGUUUGUUGUUCAGCAGUAGGUUUCAUUUAGCACGUAAGCACACCAAACGGGGUUUAUCCUCGCCCCCCCCCCACCAUCGUACAAUGCGCGUUACAUAUAUAUGUAUAGAUUGCAGGGAUCUGCUGUGUCAGGAUAGCUUAACCCGGAUCCCGAUGUUUUGCUAUUCGACUUAGAUACGUAGCUAGGUCUAGUUGCUCGUUUACGCCAUCAUUUACCAUUGUUCCACUCCAAACGUUGUAAUUUUCGUUUCCAUUUUCGAUUUGGUAGGUCAUCCGCUCGAUUAAUUGCAGGCCGAAUCAAAUGGUGAGAUGGUAUGCGAGCGUGUGCGUGUUUAUGUAGGGUUUUGUGUCGUCUAGUGAAGCAAAUAGGAGAAAGACACACGUAAAAGAGUAAACAUGAAUAGUAGGGAAUUAGGAAAGUCACCCUGUGCGCACAACAACCACCACACAGAGAUUAGGUAGGAAUAUGUCUGCUAUUUUACCUGUCCCUACAUAGGUUUUUUUGUAUUGUUUUGUUUGUAGCAGCAGUAUUUAUUGGACCCCAACGAUCAGAUGGAAUUUAGAAAUCCAUGCAAGCCAUAUUAACUAGUAGCGAAAACAACCACUACUUCUACUCUCCCUAUCGAGCUGUACCACAAUUUCUAAACCCCUGGUUGCAGUUGCGAAAUGGUGGAAAUGGUGGUCAUUUAAAGAAAAAAUCGUGUAGCAAAACAGAGAGAGAUAAUUUAGAGGGAGUAGAGAGGGACAUCACUAACCAUCAGCUUGCCUCGUUGACCGAAGCAACUGGUGGGGUUGUGAUGCCGUGACAGAAGCGUAUGUAAAAGGAAAGCAGUUUUAGGAUCGAUGUUUGGCUCUAGGGGUCAUUAUUAGGAUGUGUAAGUUUCGCACACACAUAAACACACAGAGUAAAAUAAACACUAAAAAAACGCGAGUCCUUUCCCCCUUCCCUUAAAAUGAUAGUGUGGUGGUACACCAAGCCGUAUAGUUGUCGAUAUUUAGAUGCCGUAGGUAAAUGUUUUCCGUUAGUUGAUCGACAGUCGAUAAGCGCAUACAACACAACCCAACAGGGAAUGGGUUCUUAACGGUGGUUAUACAAACGCUUAAAUCUCUCUCCACAACACGCUGCGUUGCGUGUGCUGCGUUACACGUUUUCCGCUCCGCUCCGUAUCCGCAACCUUUGCAUCUGUGAACGACCAGGCUGCUCCAUUGCUUCCACCCAAUGCACCUUUUUUUGUUUAGUUUGUUUCGAAUGUUUUCCUUCUCUCUCUCUGUCUCUCUGUCUCUGUCUCUGUCACUUCCCCAGCGCUACCGUUGAGACCUGAAACAGGGGGUUUAAGCCUAUGAGAGCCAUGCGUGUGUGCGUGUUUCUGUGUAUUAUGCAAUAACAAUGUAGAUGAAAACAAAGAUAAAUAUACAGCACACAAGACGGUGUGCGGGGUUUGUGUCGCAAAUAUCGUUCAUGUUUAGCAAUUAUGCUUCGCAAAGCUUGGAAGGCCACACACAUACAGACGGAGACAGUGUGUAGCUGACAGUGAGUAGAUGAGUACCUUGCGUAGAUGAGUGUUUAAUCCCUUGCUUUUGGCAUGUAGAGGACGUUUUGUUUGUGUACGGCACUGGAAUUCUCACAUCCUCCAUCCCACUGUUCUACGCGUGUACGUGUUGAUGUGACAAUAAUAGGGAGGAACAUGUGAUAACGAUAAAUAAAAAAGAAAUUGGAGCUAAACCCAAAAAUCCAUUCGGUGGUGCAAUCGAUACUUUCGUAGUUGCUGGAGAGAUAGGAGAUUGGUUGUUUAAGUUGCAACCAAAACUGCGCACUACACGCAGCAACACGUGUGUGUAACCCACCGAGCGUACUUGUUCCCUCUUUAGCCUGAUAGGUUUAUGUUGUUUUUUUCACGUUUUUUUCUUAAACCGUAUUUAAUUUUGUCCUUCAUUCAAAUCGCAAUAGUGAACAACGGUUCUCCAAUCAAAUAUGAUCUUACGGUUUCAACAACUGAGCUCAAGCAUGUGCUACGUAUACCUCUCCCUUUGUUGCUACUUACAGGCAACAAUCUUCCAUACUCUCAUCACCAUGGCGACAAGCACGGUUUACAGUUGGAAUUCAAGCACAAACAAAGAAACGGCUUCAUCUAGUUAGAAAUUCUCUAAAUCUUCUCGCGCACUCAUACUAACCGAAUUACACCAUCGCAUCUACUAUCUCUUUCUCUUUUACUCUCUUUCUCUCUCUCUCUCGCUCGUUCACUGUACAUCUGCAUGAAGCAAAACUUUUACAAACCGGAAGAAAAAAGAAUUACAACACAAAAACGGCGGUUGGCCGGUUUCCAAACGUGCGGUCUAAUUUUAAUGAGUAAAACACUAACAAAAACCUUACUAAGGACACUUACGGCGCCCCAAUGGUGUAUAUCGAUGUGUAUACAAAAAUAAAUAAUUAACAAACAAAAACACACAACUACUAACACACAAACACACACGAGAACGCAAACUCUAAUACUAGAUAAUUGUAUUGUUCUGAUAUGCUGGUCAUAUCUGGUUUUAAGAAAGGCACCGAAGGUCAAAAGAUUCACAUCCAUCUACUAUAAUAAAAAAGCGAAUUAAACAACAAAAAAUAAACCAUUAAAUGGAGUCUAGCGUUGGGAUGGCAGUUGGUUUAUGAAGAAGGAGAUUAGUAAAUGAAAUUCUGAGCUAUUGCGCUAACACACACACAGUGUGUACUACCAAUGCGUACCAACGAUCGAAUCGUUAGGCGUGUCUAUCUGUUGAUGUAAUCGUGUAUUAUUGCUAAAAUAUUGUACGUCACAAGGCUCGAUGAUGAUCCCUAUUAAAGGAAGAGGUGAGGCCUCCCGCCUGCCAACCCAAAUUGGAGAGGGCGUUUUUAUUACAGUGCUGUGCUAUACACCUAAACCGAUUGGAUCUAUACUGUGGCAAGUAGUAGUAGCAUUGUGUAUCUCACCGAAGCCUAAAUGCGCGCGCGCCCGUGCCCCUUGCGAAAAGGAUCCAAAGCCAGCACUCCGAACACGGGCCGUAACAUGUAAUACAUACCUAUACCUAUAGCGAAUCGAUGUGGUCUUCAUUAAAUUGCGUAUGUAUGUGUGUGUAUAAUAAGCGAAAACAGGACGCGAAAAGCAAACGGUUACAGCCGGCAUAUACAUAUACAUGAUCCUGUGUUGGCAAACUCUAAACUGUGCUAUUGUUGCAAACUAUACCCGGGGGCUAUUGGAAUUUUGUUGAACCGGGUGUUUGAACCGUUAGGAAGGGGAAAUGAAAAGAAAAAAAAACUAUGAAACAAUUGGCAUCAUCAAA